CCUCCAUCCGCACCGGCACCGCACCAGUACCGGCACCGCACCGCUUGGCGUGGCUCGGCUUCAUGCCUGCGCCCUCCAGCCGCGGCUGAGCGCUGAGCUCCGCCGAACCGGGCACGGGCACGGGCACAGACACAGGACAGCCACUGCUCCCUGCUAGCAGGACUCCCCCCAGCUGGCGCCAUGGCAGGAGCGUCAGUGAAAGUAGCAGUGCGUGUCCGGCCCUUCAACUCCCGGGAGAUGAGCCGGGAAUCCAAAUGCAUUAUCCAGAUGUCAGGAAGCACCACCACUAUCCUGAACCCGAAACAACCCAAAGAGACGCCAAAAAGCUUCAGCUUUGACUAUUCCUACUGGUCCCACACCACGCCUGCAGACAUCAACUAUGCAUCUCAGAAGCAAGUGUACCAGGACAUAGGUGAGGAGAUGUUGCAACAUGCCUUUGAAGGCUACAAUGUCUGCAUCUUUGCUUAUGGGCAGACAGGUGCUGGAAAAUCCUACACCAUGAUGGGGAAGCAGGAGAAGGACCAGCAAGGCAUCAUCCCACAGCUGUGUGAGGAUCUCUUCUCUCGCAUCAAUGACACGACCAAUGACAACAUGUCCUACUCUGUGGAGGUGAGCUACAUGGAGAUAUACUGUGAGCGCGUGAGAGACCUCCUGAACCCCAAGAACAAGGGGAACCUGCGGGUGAGGGAGCAUCCCCUUAUGGGCCCAUACGUCGAGGACCUUUCCAAGCUGGCCGUGACCUCUUACAAUGACAUCCAGGACCUCAUGGACUCUGGGAACAAGGCCCGCACAGUGGCUGCCACCAAUAUGAAUGAGACCAGCAGCCGCUCCCACGCCGUCUUCAACAUCAUCUUCACGCAGAAGCGGCACGAUGCUGAGACAGACAUCACCACUGAGAAGGUCAGCAAGAUCAGCUUGGUGGAUCUGGCAGGGAGUGAGCGAGCUGACUCCACUGGUGCAAAGGGCACAAGACUAAAGGAAGGAGCAAACAUCAACAAGUCGUUGACCACACUGGGGAAAGUCAUCUCUGCCCUGGCUGAAAUGGACUCAGGGCCAAACAAGAACAAAAAGAAGAAGAAGACUGAUUUCAUCCCCUACCGGGACUCAGUGCUUACCUGGCUGCUGCGGGAGAACCUGGGGGGCAACUCCAGGACAGCCAUGGUUGCUGCUCUCAGCCCUGCUGACAUCAACUAUGAUGAGACCCUCAGCACCCUCAGGUAUGCUGACCGUGCCAAGCAGAUCCGCUGCAACGCCGUCAUCAACGAGGACCCCAACAACAAGCUCAUCCGGGAGCUGAAGGACGAGGUGGCACGCCUGCGCGACCUUCUCUACGCCCAGGGUCUGGGAGACAUCAUUGACACCCAUCCUGCUGCAGGAGGAUCCAAAUAUGUGUCCAACCGUGAGAACAAUAACGAUGCCCGAGGGGCAGAGCUGAGUUACUGCCGUGACAAUCUCUCCACAGUGACCAAUGCCAUCGCUGGGAUCAGUCCCUCUUCUUCCCUGUCAGCCCUGUCCAGCCGCGCUGCCUCUGUGGCCAGCCUUCACGAGCGCAUCAUGUUUGCUCCGGGCAGCGAGGAGGCCAUUGAAAGGCUCAAGGAAACGGAGAAGAUCAUCGCGGAGCUGAACGAGACAUGGGAGGAAAAGCUGCGGAGAACAGAAGCGAUCCGGAUGGAGAGGGAGGCGUUGCUGGCUGAAAUGGGGGUGGCCAUGAGGGAGGAUGGAGGCACCUUGGGUGUUUUCUCUCCUAAAAAGACACCCCACUUGGUCAACCUCAAUGAGGACCCUCUCAUGUCUGAAUGUCUUCUCUACUACAUCAAGGAUGGGAUAACAAGGGUUGGCCGAGAAGAUGCUGAGAAGAGGCAGGACAUUGUCCUCAGUGGGCACUUCAUCAAGGAAGAGCACUGCCUUUUCCGCAGUGACACCAAAACUGGUGGCGAAGUGAUUGUGACCCUGGAGCCCUGUGAAGGUGCCGACACCUACGUGAAUGGCAAAAAAGUGACGGAGCCCAGCAUCCUGCGCUCAGGGAACCGCAUCAUCAUGGGCAAGAGCCACGUGUUUCGCUUCAACCACCCCGAGCAGGCGCGGCAGGAGCGGGAGCGGACCCCGUGCGCAGAGACCCCCGCCGAGCCCGUGGACUGGGCCUUUGCCCAGAGAGAGCUGCUGGAGAAACAGGGCAUUGACAUGAAGCAGGAGAUGGAGCAGCGGCUCCAGGAACUGGAAGAUCAGUACCGGAGGGAGCGAGAGGAGGCAAAUUACCUUCUUGAGCAGCAGAGACUGGACUAUGAGAGCAAAUUAGAGGCUUUGCAGAAGCAGAUGGACUCCAGAUAUUACCCUGAGGCAAAUGAGGAAGAGGAAGAACCUGAGGAUGAAGUGCAGUGGACAGAGCGGGAGUUUGAGCUGGCCCUUUGGGCCUUUAGGAAGUGGAAGUGGUACCAAUUCACCUCGCUUCGUGACUUACUCUGGGGCAAUGCCAUCUUCCUCAAGGAAGCCAACGCCAUCAGCGUGGAGCUGAAGAAGAAGGUCCAGUUCCAGUUCGUGCUCCUCACAGACACACUGUACUCACCUCUCCCUCCUGACCUGCUGCCUCCUGAUGCUGCCAAGGACCGGGAGAAGAGGCCAUUUCCCCGGACCAUUGUGGCUGUGGAGGUGCAAGACCAGAAGAAUGGGGCAACACAUUACUGGACCCUGGAGAAGCUGAGGCAGCGCCUGGACCUGAUGCGUGAGAUGUAUGACCGAGCAGCAGAGGUGCCUUCCAGCGUCAUCGAAGACUGCGACAACGUGGUGACCGGCGGGGAUCCGUUCUAUGACCGCUUCCCCUGGUUCAGGCUGGUGGGCAGUUCAGAUAUCUCUGGCUGCAACAGCUCUCCUCUUUUCAACACAUGCAUGAGCGAGCGCAUGGCUGAUCUCACCCCCUCCCCUACCUUCUCGAACCCCGACUCCGACAUCACCGAGCCUGCUGACGAGCAGCACCAGGGGCAGGAGGAGGAGGAGGAGGAGGAGGCGGAGGACCUGGAGGAAGACAUCUUUCCGGAGUGCCCGUUGUGUGAUGGCCGGGAUCCGUUUUACGACCGCUCCCCCCUGUUCAGUUUAGUAGGAAGGGCUUUCGUCUACCUGAGCAACCUCCUCUACCCUGUGCCCCUGGUGCACCGCGUGGCCAUCGUCAGCGAGAAGGGCGAGGUGAAGGGCUUCCUGCGUGUGGCCGUCCAGGCCAUCUCAGCGGAUGAAGAAGCCCCGGACUACGGCUCUGGCGUGCGGCAGUCAGGGAUGGCCAAGAUCUCCUUUGACGACCAGCACUUUGAGAAGUUCCAAUCGGAGUCAUGCCCAGCCGUGGGGAUGUCACGCUCGGGGACCUCCCAGGAGGAGCUACGCAUUGUUGAAGGCCAAGGACAGGUCAGCGAUGUGGGUCCCUCUGCUGAUGAAGUCAACAACAAUACCUGUGCAGUGACCCCAGAAGACCUUCUCCUGGACAGCCCAGAGAAACCUGCACCAGAUGGGCCACUGGAGACUGCUCUGGACCACCUGAAGCUGGGCAGCAUCUUCACUUUCCGUGUGACAGUCCUGCAAGCCUCCAGCAUCUCUGCAGAAUAUGCAGACAUCUUCUGCCAGUUCAACUUCAUCCAUCGCCACGAUGAGGCCUUUUCAACGGAGCCCUUGAAGAACACAGGACGGGGGCCACCACUGGGCUUCUAUCAUGUCCAAAAUAUUGCUGUGGAGGUGACCAAGUCCUUCAUUGAAUAUAUCAAGAGCCAGCCAAUUGUAUUUGAAGUCUUUGGACACUACCAGCAGCACCCUUUCCCACCCCUCUGCAAGGAUGUCUUGAGCCCUCUGAGGCCAUCCCGGCGCCACUUUCCCCGUGUGAUGCCACUCUCCAAACCAGUGCCUGCCACGAAGCUGAACACCAUGACUCGGCCCAGUGCUGGCCCAUGCCAGUGCAAGUAUGACCUGAUGGUCUCCUUUGAGAUCUGUGAGCUGGAGGCCAAUGGCGACUACAUCCCUGCUGUUGUGGACCACCGUGGAGGCAUGCCGUGCCAUGGGACCUUCCUCCUCCACCAGGGCAUCCAGAGGAGAAUCACCGUCACCUUGGUGCAUGAAACAGGCAGCCUCAUCCACUGGAAGGAAGUGCGGGAGCUGGUUGUGGGUCGUAUCCGGAACACUCCAGAAGCAGAUGAGUCCCUCAUAGACCCCAACAUCCUGUCCCUGAAUAUCCUCUCCUCCGGCUACAUCAGCCCCUCCCAGGAUGACCGGCAGUUUCUUGAUUCGGAUAUGCCUAGCAUUUCGUUGGGAAAUGACACUAGGACUUUCUACCAGUUUGAGGCAGCAUGGGACAGCUCCAUGCACAACUCGCUGCUGCUCAACCGUGUCACCCCGUACCGGGAGAAAAUCUACAUCACCCUUUCUGCCUACAUCGAGAUGGAGAACUGCACUCAGCCUGCCAUCAUCACCAAAGACUUCUGCAUGGUUUUCUAUUCCCGAGAUGCCAAGCUUCCUGCUUCCCGCUCCAUCCGCAACCUUUUUGGCAGUGGCAGUCUGCGGGCUUCUGAGAGCAACCGCGUGACAGGAGUCUAUGAGCUCAGCCUCUGCCGCGUGGCCGAUGCUGGCAGCCCAGGCAUGCAGAGACGGCGUCGGCGUGUGCUAGACACCUCCGUAGCCUAUGUGCGGGGAGAGGAGAACUUGGCUGGCUGGCGGCCCCGCAGUGACAGCCUCAUCCUUGACCAUCAGUGGGAGCUGGAGAAACUCAGCCUCCUGCAAGAAGUGGAGAAGACAAGACACUACCUGCUCCUGCGGGAAAAGCUGGAAACCACGCAGCGCCUGGGCCUGGAGACCCUGUCCCCCUGCUCCAGCGAGGACAGCGAGUCCCGAAGCACCUCCUGCAUCUCCUCCCCACUCUCUGCUGAUGGAGCCCCUGAGUGCCACACCUCCCCCCCUGAGACCCCCAGUGAGAGGCAGAAGGAGCUAGCUGUAAAGUGCUUGCGCCUGCUGACACACACCUUCAACAGAGAGUACAGCCACAGCCACGUCUGCAUCAGCGCCAGCGAGAGCAAGCUGUCUGAAAUGUCUGUGACCCUGAUGAGAGACCCCUCCAUGCCGGCUCUUGGAGUCACCACUCUCACCCCCUCCUCAACCUGCCCGUCACUGGUGGAAGGACGCUACAACACCAUGGAGGUCAGAUCUCCCCAGGUCUCCUCCAGGGGUGAAAGCCCUGACCUGGAGCCUGCCGUAGAAGGAGAGCAGAAGAAGUCCCCAGCCUGCCGACCUGAGGAAGACAAAGAGCUGCAGCGUUUGCUGGUGCCUGACAUCCAGGAGAUCCGGGUCAGCCCCAUCGUCUCCAAAAAGGGCUACUUGCACUUCCUGGAGCCCCACACCAAUGGCUGGGUGAAGCGCUUUGUCGUGGUCCGGCGCCCGUAUGUCUACAUCUACAACUCGGACAAGGACGCGGUUGAGAGGGCCAUACUCAACCUCUCCAAGGCCCAGGUGGAGUACAGUGAGGAUCAGCAGGCCAUGCUCAAGACCCCAAACACGUUUGCGGUGUGCACGGAGCACCGGGGCAUCCUGCUGCAGGCAAGCAGUGACAAGGACAUGCACGACUGGCUCUAUGCCUUCAACCCUCUCCUGGCUGGUUCCAUAAGGUCUAAGCUGUCCAGAAGGAGAACAGCCCAGAUGAGAAUCUAACCUGUAAACCACUCUGCACCUCAUCCAUCUGCCAGAAGGAUCAAGAUAGCUGAUUCUGUCUCAAGAUUCCCAUGUUAAUGUCUGAUCUCUCACACCAUCUGCUGCCCCAGCUGUCUGCUCCAUGGAAGGAUCUCUCUCGAUUCACACCUUCAUGGGGGAAACUCACUUCAGUUUGUAGCUGCAAAAGCCAGGACCCGCCUGGGCAGGAUUUCUUGUGUGUGUGCCAUCUGCUGCUUGUCCCUCCAUGAGUGACCUUCAUGUCACACCAUCUAUAGUGCUCCAGAAAGGUCCUCAUGGCAGGGGAGGGAAUGAGGAGGGCAGUUUCGGCUAAAAGCCGGUCUUUGAUCUGCAGAGGUGGGAGUGUGGUAAAGCUUGGAGGUGGGAGAACAGGACAAGUUGCUUCCACAUGAAGGGAAAGUAGUAGUUUAGGUAUGGGGAUUUCUUAGUUUAUUGGUGUUUCUGCAGGAGACAGCAGGGUAAGAUCAGGUGUCUGUAGUUUAAGAAGAUAUUUAUAAAGUAUUUGUUUCUAUUUACAUCACAAAAAUCCCAUAAGUUGGGUCCUGGGUCCUGGCCCCCAGUCAAUGCCUCCUCCUGGCAGGGGAGAGCCUUGGCGGUAGGCUGAGCUCCUAGAUAUGCCUUCCCUGGGUCAUCCUGGUGUGUGCCCAGUGGCAGCAGGCCUCUCACCCUCACUCCCCACCCCUCUGCUUUGCCCCCUUAAACUACUUCUGCCCUGAGUGCUGGCUGGAGAGCCCACCACGUCUUCCCAAAGGAGGCAAUUCCUACCUGCCCCAUCUACCUCUGGGGAAGGGGAGCCUGCCGUUCUGGCUGGCUGGGGCACUCAGUGCCACGCCGAUAGGUCACCACGCUGUGGAGCUUGGUCCAGCUGGAGACGAGAAGGGGGCCCUGGGGACCAUCCUUCCCAAGCUGAAGCACACGGCCACCUCCACCCUCCCAGCCUGGGAGCCCCAGGGGCUUGUCCAAAGGGAACGGGAUUCCUUCCCUCUUAAGGCAGGACACCAAGGGGAGUGUGGAGGUUCAAGUGGACACUUUCAAAGUCCGAUGGGAAAGUUCCCCAGGCCCCAGCCAAUUCCAAUCCAACUAUUCCAAUCCACAGGAUCCUUGUUGCCCUUUCUCAAAGGAUGUCUUUUCACAUCCCUUCUCCUCCCAGCAGGAAGACAGAUUCAAGCAGGUCAGAGAUGCAGGGGAGAGGAUGGUGUGGGGGGUGUCAGGGUGAGGAUGUGACUUCUUUUUACUGCUGUAGCUGGCAUUUUCUGACUUCUCUUCCCUGGCUGCAGAAGCAAGAGCCCACCUCCUUCCCACCCUGUCCCCCUCAGCAUGUCAAUCCAGAUGGCUUUCUGCUGCAGAGGUGGCUUUGCUGAAAAGACCUUCUCCAGCCAUCACCGCUUCUCACUUCACCCAGCAGCAGCUCUCCCUCUUCUCCUCUCACCCGUGGGGGGAUGCUUUCAUUCAGGGCUUCCUGAGCAGCAGGCAGCAGCUGGCACAGCUCUGGGCAGGAAGGAGAGCAUCUUCCUCUGCACAUCUCCUGGGCACCCCACAGCUUUGCUGUCACACUUUUGCAGCUGCCCUUCCCUCGCACCGCACGGCUGUGCCUCAGCUGUGCUGUAGCUCCCUGCACUGUCUGUGGUGUGUGGGUGUGUGUGUGUGUGUUGGACGUGGUGCUAUCUUCUUGUCACACUUGUGUCGUGGGGGAGCAUGGACAGGUAGGGAUGUGGCAGGCACGCGGAGACUUGCAGGGGACCUUUCACUGCAGGUGGGAUGCCAUCCAGCUUGGGUUUCAGGUCACAGAAAGGGACUUGGCAUCCUUCCUGAGCCACAGCUUCUUAGGCAUCUCACUGCCUUGGGUCUGGCCUGAAGCUGCAGUGGGGCUACUUCUCCAGCCUUGCUCCCUGGACAGGCAAAAGCUUGCCCACCCAAGACAAGCUCAACAAACUUUUUUUCUCUGGUGUGAUCCAAUUUAGAGAACUGGAGGCUGACUUGUGCCCAUCAUGGAGGGAGAGGUGCCAGCCUGGGGGGAUGGAGGGGCAGAGCUGUAGUGGGGGUAAACCAGGGGUCCAGACUGCAACACCCCAGCUCUCAUGCCCUGGGCAGGGACUAGUUGGCAAAAUAUGGCAUUUUAAGUGGGAGGCUAGGAAUGGAAGCAUUUGGUGCCACAGAGAAGAGUCUCCCAGGGUGGAGGCAGCUUCUGGGAGAGAUAGGACCUGCGUCUGCCAGCGACCAGACACAGUAUUGCCUGUACUGCAAAUGAGGGGAGGGAUGACCGUGGGAUGGGCAUCCUCCAGCUAGAGCCAAAGUGUGCCUGAGGCCAGCAAACCUGCAGAGCAGACGACUCAGCUGGGGUCUGUCACACUGGAGGCUGAAGAAGGAGGCAUGGCUGCUCACUGGACACCUGUAGCAUUCCCAGCUUGUGGGUCACACUUGGCUGCCCUACCAGACCCACUCUCGACAGUGCUAUAUGCUACCAGGGUCAGGCCCCUCUCCCCAUGUCCCCUCUACCACCACAGCCCCCAGCGAGGAGGAACACCAGCCCGAGGUGUAGGCAUGGCUGGGCGCCAGGCGUCAGCCAGCACUCACAGAAGAGCGGUGGGGGGCAGGCAAGCACCGAUGGGCAAACCAGAGGCCCGCAGCGGGGGAAGGCCGCCCCUCAAGCCCUGCAGUUCCAAGCGGCGAUAGCGCUACCCCCGGGCCGUCGCUGUCCUGUGCCCUGGGGCUGGUGCUUCGGGUCCCGGCCGCCCGCGCACACGUGAGGCUUGUUUGGUUCUGAAAUAAAUGUGUACUUAACGCAA